CUCUUUCGUCGGUGCUUCUCCGUCCAACCCGCCAUCUACUGUGCAUAUACGUCGUAGAACUUCUCUGCGGGGACGCAUAUCCCGACCCACAGAGGACCCUCGAGUGGAGUGGAGGACGUAACGUGGUACCGACUGCUUCCUCCUCUGGCAAUCCAGUGCGACGACUCUGGCGUUGGGCACAUUCUCAAACAUGGAGCUCAAUGCAGAACUUGCUAGUCGCAUCACGAGUCAUCUGACGGCCCGCGAUAACCCCCCCUUGGUCAUCAUGAUGUGCGGCAUCGCCGGGUCAGGCAAAACAACCACCGCCAAAAGCAUCUUGUCCGCCUUCCCAGACACAUUCACCCGCCUGUCCAUCGACGACCACAUCUGGACCCACUACGGUCGUUAUGGGAUCGAUUACACCCCGGCGGAAUACGAGUCGUUGCAAGACAAGGCUGAAGCCGCGCUGGAUGUGCGGUUGGUGGAGCUGCUGAAGGAGGGAAGGAAUGUGGUUCUGGAUUACAGUUUUUGGGAAAAGCGGGAUAGGGAGCGUUAUCGGGGGGUGAUUGAGGAGUGCGGCGGGAGGGCGUUGGUGGUGCAUCUUAGUGUGCCUAAAGACGUUUUGCGGGAGCGGUUGGAGAAACGGGGACGGGAGAGGUUUGAUGCUGAUGCGGCGUGGGUGAUUGAUGACAAGACUUUGGAUACGUAUUGGGAGGGGUUCCAGGUUCCCCAUGGGGAGGGUGAACUCGUCAUCUCCAAUUUCGUAGAGCCGUAGGACAUGGACGGAAUAGUAUGGAGGGACAUCGCCCUAUGAACCUCACAUUUGUGACUAUUGAGUCUCGCGGAGUCGUCCUGGGGCCCCUGGUUAUCCGACUGCACUCCCAAUAUACAGCACCGAACAGAGAUACCCGUAGGAAAAGCUA